AUGUUAAAUCAAAUCAUAAAACGUUCAAUAUUUCCUAUAACUGGUUCUUUAUCGGUAUUUCGACCCAGUAUUCGAGAACAACAAACGAUUUCCAUUCAUAAAUAUUUUUCAACUAUUCAAGAACAAAUAUCACCUUUAUCUCCUGAUAAACCAAAAGAAAAGGAGAUUACGAUACAGCCAACAAGUAAAGCACAAUAUUAUUUUAAUACUUAUAAAAUUGUUAAAGAUUUAGAAGUACAGGGAUUUACUAGAGGUCAAGCUGAAGCUAUUAUGAGAGGAAUGGAAGCUUUGUUAAUUAACGGUUUUAAAUCACGUUCAAAAUUAUUAUCGAAAGCAGACUUAGAAAAUGAAACUUAUUUGUUUCAAGCAUCACUGUCUGACCUUCGUAUAGAAAUACAAAUAAUGCGUAAAAAUAGUUUAGUAGAUCUAAGUUCAGAAAAUUCUUUAAUUCAAAGAGAAGUUUCAUCACUUCAUCAAAAAUUACGAGAUGAUAUUGGGAAAAUGAGACAUUUUAUACAAUUAGAUAUAAAUAAUUAUAAAGCUGAUAUAAGGGAGGAACAGAAAAAAAAGGAAAUUAAUAUUCAAAGAAUUGAUAAUAAAUUUACAAUAAGUUCUGGUGAUGUUCGUACCGAUAUUGAAGCAUUAAAAUGGGAAACUACUAGGAUGGCAUUAUUGGGUUUAUUUGGAUUAGCAGUUUUUUCUUUUAGUAUAAUGUUUUUCACUUCUAAUAAAAAAUCAAAAGAAAUUACAAGUGAGGUUUCUAAACCAAAAGAUGUCAAUAUUAAUUCCUAACGUUUAUUAAAGAAAAUUUAUUAAUUAUUUACACUGUGAAACUAAACAAAAAUUCA